AUGUGUCUGCUUCUUUAUCUUUAUAUUGCAGUCCUAAUUUUUGGUAGGAUAGAAAGCUUUUGUCCUUCGCAAUGUACCUGUAUAUUCCAUGGAAGAAGUGAUGGCUCAGGAACAAGGUCAGUUCUCUGCAAUGAUCCUGAUAUGUUUGACAUUCCUGUUAAUGUUCCUGUUGACACUGUGAAGCUUAGAGUUGAAAAGACUGUUACACGAAGAAUUCCAACUGAAGCAUUUUAUUACCUGGUUGACCUAAGGUACCUUUGGGUGACCUACAACAGUAUCUCCAGUAUUGACUCAAGUAGCUUUUAUAAUCUGAAGCGACUUCAUGAGCUUCGCUUGUCUGGAAACCUGAUAUCUGUUUUCCCAUGGGAGUCCUUGCUGGAGAUGCCUAAUCUACGAACUCUGGACCUAUAUAACAACAAGAUAUCAAAUAUUCCAGCUGAUGCUGCUCGGUACUUGAAGAAUAUCACCUAUCUUGAUAUAUCUAGCAACAAAUUGACUACUUUACCAUCAGAUCUGUUGGACAUCUGGCCUCCAUUAGCUGAAUCGCCAAAAAAAAAUACUGAUGAAAUAUCACAAAGGAUUAUAUUGGGUUUACAAGACAACCCGUGGUUCUGUGACUGCCGCAUUUCAAAGUUGAUUGAACUUUCAAAGAUAGUGGACCCACAUGUGAUAUUCCUGGAUCCCCUGGUGAUCUGCAAUGGACCUGAGUCUCUGGCAGCCAUUUUGUUUCAAAGGGCUGAAUUGGAGCAAUGUCUUAAACCCUCUGUGAUGACAUCAGCUACCAAAAUAACAUCCCCAUUGGGAAGCAACGUACUUCUGCGAUGUGAUGCCUCUGGUUACCCCACACCUCAGUUAAUAUGGAGCAGAAUAAACAGCUCUUCUAGCAAUUACACAGUGAUCCAAGAGACUCCAACAGAUGGAGUGAGGUGGUCGAUCCUAAGUAUAAAUGGUAUUUCCUACAAAGAUGCGGGGGAAUAUCGAUGCAAGGCAAAGAAUUUAGCAGGGAUAUCAGAGGCAUCAAUAUCAGUCAUAGUGGUAGGUGUUAUUACCACAACAGAAUCUCCGGUACGUUUUGGAAGAAAACUAGGUAUAGAGUUGACAACUAACACACAACGAGAAGACAAUGAAGAAAUAAUGAAACCAAGUACAACCUUGUUUACAUAUCAGCCUUCAUCAACCUUACCACCUUCAUUAUUGCUAGCAUCAACAAGAGUGGAAACAACAUUUGCUCCUAUAGUUGGCAUGUCCACAACUCUUAAAAUUCCAGAAAAGAAACAGGAAGAGACAGUUCUAGAUGUAAAGAAAGUUCCUAAAGUGCAAUCACCACAGGCAGCAACUAAGAAAAAAACAUAUUCAGGCAGGGAAGAUGCCCGUCCAAAUGGAAUAGCUGUUUCUGAGAAGAACAGUGUUGUAAAGAAUCUGAAAGUGGUCAGUGAGACAGAGGAUCGAGUCACAUUAACUUGGAAAACUCUCAAUUCCACAAACAGCUCUGCCUUAACUGUUUUGUACUCAAAAUAUGGUGAGGAGGAGAUGCUAAGGUUGAGUACAGACCCCAGCAAAAAUAAAGUAACAAUCGAUGGUUUACAGCCCGGCACAAAAUAUAUGGCAUGUGUUUGCCCAAAAGGAGCUCAGCCUAAGAAAGAUCAAUGCAUUGUCUUCUCUACUGACACACUUCUUAACACAGAAAACAGUUCUCAGGUGUCCAUUUUGGUUAUUGCUAGCAGUGUGGCCUGUGUUGUUGUAUUACCUAUUAUCUUUUUCUUACUUUACAAAGUUUUUAAACUGCAACGUAAGCAAUCAUCUCCAUGUGAAGAGGACCUUUUAAAAGAAACAUAUAUCAAGUUUGAGACUUUGUCCUUAAGACCACGAUCAAUAAAUGCUGGAGGGGAUCUAUGGACGAGAAGAGAUACAACUGAAUCAGAGAGACUUCUUUUGUGUUCCAGGUCAAGUAUGGAUUCUCAAGCAACCUCUAAAAGUGAAGGAUCAAAACCAGAAUACUACUGUUGA